CUUCCGGCCGGCCUGCAGCAUGGCGGCGCGGCCGAUCCUGAGAGUGCUGUGUCUCGCCGGCUUCCGGCAGAGCGAGCGGGGCUUCCGUGAGAAGACUGGAGCGCUGAGGAAGGCGCUGCGGGGUCGCGCAGAGCUCGUGUGCCUCAGCGGGCCGCACCCAGUCCCCGAGGCAGCGGCUCCCGAGGGUGCAGGGCCAGACUCGGGGCCCUGUUCUCCGGAGGAGCAGCCUCGAGGCUGGUGGUUUUCUGAAGAGGAAGCAGAUGUUUUCUCUGCUCUAGAAGAGCCCACAGUGUGCAGGGGUCUGGAGAAGGCCCUGGAAACGGUGGCACAGGCCCUUGACACGCAGGGGCCUUUUGAUGGACUUCUUGGCUUCAGCCAGGGGGCUGCACUAGCGGCUUUCGUGUGUGCCCUGGGUCAGGCAGGCGAUCCUCGCUUCCCCUUGCCAAGAUUUAUCAUACUUGUGUCGGGGUUCUGUCCCCGAGGGCUUGGCCUUAAGGAACCCAUCCUGCAGAGCCCCAUGUCACUGCCUUCACUUCAUGUUUUUGGAGAUACUGAUCGAGUCAUCCCUUCUCAGGAGAGUAUACAGUUGGCCAGCCGAUUCCUUGGAGCCGUCACCCUCACGCACUCUGGUGGUCACUUCAUUCCAGCAGCUGCAUCCCAGCGUCAGGCCUACCUUAAAUUCUUGGACCAGUUUGCAGAAUGAAGGAUGGACAAAUCUCAGCACUGCUCCCAUUUCUCUAGUGCCAUCUGUGGCACUCCUCACUGUGACUAGUUAAAAGACAACUAUCAGUUCUCAGGACACAGAGAGAGAGCCUGUGAGAAGACAAGUGGUAGGCAAGCAGGGGCUGGCACCCCUGUGAUUGCCAAACAAUAAAGUGAUGGUUUAGAUUUUGAA